GUGCUGUUGUGAAUGAAGGCACUGGGUAGUUGGCACAGUUCAACAGUUAAGAUCUGUUAAGUCACUUGUGGAUACGUUUGAGUUCACCUCUAGCUGGUGACAUCUCGACUCACCUUACUACAGAAUAAAGACAUCUCAGAAUAGCCCUGCACUCGACAGCUGAACAAUACAGUACUGGACUGUGGUGGAUUAUUAUCUGACUGUGGUUUGACGGUUGUUCCUGUGAUGGGGAAGACUGGCCAGAGCACGGUGGACCUCAACUCACCCUCAGACGUGAGGCAGGCGGUCCCGUUUGAGGACCUGGAUCACAACAGUGUUCCUGUAGAAGAGGAGAAGGAGAAUAAAGUACCAGAUAGAGGAUCUUGGAAGGGGAAAUUUGACUUUCUACUGUCCUGCGUUGGAUACGCCAUUGGGCUGGGAAAUGUGUGGAGAUUCCCUUAUCUGUGUGGAAAGAAUGGUGGAGGAGCUUUUCUCAUCCCAUACUUCACUACUCUGGUCUUUGCUGGUAUCCCACUGUUUCUGCUGGAGACGGCAUUAGGACAGUACACGUCAGUGGGGGGGCUGGGAGUAUGGAAAUUAAUACCCAUGAUGAAAGUUCUGCUUGGUGACUAA